AUGGGGCCCCCCUCCCUUGCUGGGGGGCCCCUGCAGCCCCUUAGACCCUCUCGCUGCUGCAGAGCCCGUCUCCUUUGGCCGGCCUCUGCUUCGCCGCUGCUGCUGCUGCUGCUGCUGCUGCUGCUGCUGCUGCUGCGGGCCCCACAGCUGGGGACUGCAGAACCCCCAGCCAGGCCCAGCAAACAGCCAAGCUGGCCUCUGCAUGCAGACAAGAGCAGCAGCAGCACAAGGAAGCAGCAGCGCGGGGCUGCUGCUUCGGGGCCACAAAGUGUCUCCAAAGGGAGACCCUCGCGGCACCCAGCAGCAGCAGCAGCAGCAGCAGCAGCAGCAGGGGAGGAGCCACUCACAGUAGCAGCAGCGCCUGCAGCUGCGCAGCAGCCAGCAGCAGGACGAACGCGAACUGCAGCACCCACAGCACAACCAGGAGUAGCAGCAGCAGCACAACCAGAAGCAGCAGCAUCGAAAGCAGCAGCAGCAGCAGCAGCAGCAGCAGCAGCAGCAGCAGCAGCAGCAGCAGAAAGGGCGCAGGCAGUCAAGGACGCUGCAGCAGCUGCCGCUGCCCGAGACGGCCCUCUCGGGCCCUCAGCCAAUUCGCUGGGGGGCCCCGCAGCUAACAGCUGCUUUCAGUCCCUGGCAGCAGCAGCAGCAGCAGCAGCAGCAGCGGCGGCAACGAAAAGAGAACCAGCAGCAGCGGCAGCAGCCACUGCAGCAGCAGCGGCAGAAGCAGGCGCAGCAGCCAGAGCUUCAGCAGCGGCAGCAGCAACAGCAGCAGCAACAGAAGCCGCAGCAACAACAGCAGCCCCAGCCCCAGCAGCAGCAGCAGCAGCAGCAGCAGCAGCAGCAGCAGCAGCAGCAGCAGCAGCAGCAGCAGCAGCAGAGCAGCAGCAGCAGCAGCAGCAGCAGCAGCAGCAGCAGCAGCAGCAGCAGCAGCAGCAGCAGCAGCAGCAGCAGAAGCAGCAGCAGCAGCAGCAGCAGCAGCAGCAGCAGCAGCAGCAGCAGCAGCAGCAGCAGCAGCAGCAGCAGCGGGUGGUGGUGGUGGACCUCGAGGCCUUCGAGUCUGCUGCUGUUUACCCCGACCGCCUGCUGGUGGGCUGGCGCUGCAGCGAAGAGGAGACAGCAGCAAUAAGGAGACAGUUGAACAAAAGUCCCUUUGCUGCUGCUGCUCCGCUGCCUGCUGCUGCUGAUGUCUCUGCUGCUGUCUCUUUCGCGCCCCACAGCAGCAGCAGCACAGCCGGGGACACGCGGCUCAAGGCCACCAGCAGCAGCAGCAGCAGCAGCAGCAGCAGCAGCGCCAGUGCUUCUCUCUACGUCCCGCCGCACAUGCCUCUCAGCCCCGCAGCAUUUGCUGCGAAGGAAAGAGCAGCAACAGCAGCAGCAGCAGCAGCAGCAGCAGCAGCAGCAAACGAAAGCCCAAGGACUGGCAGCUCGAAGCCUCUCGGGAAGCUGGACUUCUCUGCUUGGGCUUUGAGAGACAAAUCCAGAAGCAGCAUCUCAAAAGCAGCGCAGCAGCAGCAGCAGCAGCAGCAGCAACAGCAACAGCAGCACAGGCAGUUUUCCUACAGCAGCAGCAGCAGCAGCAGCAGCAGCAGCAGCAGCAGCAAUAUGAGAAGGCUGCAGGUGCUAGAGAACGCAGCAAAUCUCUCAGGGUCUCUUAUAAGCAGCGUGAAGCGUAUAUACACUCGGUUUAAGCUUGGGGGGGCCCCCCAGGGGGCCCCCCCAGCGAGGGGCCCCCCGCAGGGGGCCCCACAGGGGGCCCCCCUGUCCCACUCAGCUGCUGAUAAUGAACCCCCAGCUGAGGUGCUUGUGGUUGACUCGAGGGGGUUUGCUGCUGCUGCUGCUGCUGCUGCUGCUGCUGCUGCUGGCGAGGAGACAGCCCCGUACCGCAGGGCCCAGAAGCUGAGGGACGAGGAGACAGAAGAAGCCUCGAGGGGCCCCUCAGCAGCAGCAGCAGCAGCAGCAACAGCAGCAGCAGCACCAGCAGCAGCAGCAGCAGCAGAAGUGAUAAUAGACCCUCAGCCACAACUGCUGGAGCCUCACGAGCUCUGUGGGGUGGACCUUCUCACUUUCAACUUCCCGCAAGCUGCCAGCAGCAGCAGCAGCAGCAGCAGCAGCAGCAGCAGCAGCAGCAGGUUGCUGCCGCUGAAGCAGUUUCUGCAGCAGCUGGUUAAUUCCGUUGACUCCAAAGAAAUUCUCUUUGUGGCUCCUGACGCUCCCAUCAAGGCCCAAGUAAUGCCAAAUAGAGCAGCAGCAGCAGCAGCAGCAGCAGCAGCAGCAGCACCGUCUGCUGCUCUUGCUGCUGCUGCUGAAGGGCGCGAGCAGCGGGAAGCAGCAACAGCAGCAGCCGCAGCAGCAGCAGCAGCAGCGUCUCGGGGCCUGCAGCGCUUCCCCUCCGCUGCUUCCCAGAACGCCUUUGCUGCUGCUGCUGCUGCUUCCCCAGCAGCAGCAGCAGCAGCAGCAGCAGCAGCAGCCCCGAACGACCCCCUGUUCGGACUGCAGUGGGCCCUGGGGGCCCCCCUGCCGCAGGGGGGCCCCCUUGCUGCUGCUUGUGUUGCAGGAAGUGCUGCUGCACUUCUUGGAGACAGUUGGGAGUCUCCUUGGCUGCAGCGCAGCGACCAGGCGAGGGCCCAGCUGCUGAAGGUCAGGGACUUGUGCCGCGACAUUGACAGCAGCAGCAGCAGCAGCAGCAGCAGCAGCAGCAGCAGCAGCAGCAGCAGCAGCGGCGGCAGCAGCGGGGGCGGCGGCGGCGCGGGCCGGCGGAAGAAGGAAAGCCCCGGCGCCGCCGCCAACGCUGCUGCUGCUGCUGCUGCUGCUGCUGCCCCAGCAGCAGCAGCAGCACCUGCAGCAGCAGCAGCAGCAGCAGCAGCAGCAAAAGAGACAGAAGAAGGAGACAACUCCAGCAGCAUCGAAAUGCUGCGCGUGUGGGCCCUGGGGGCCCUCGAGAGCAGCAAAACUGCUGCUGUCCCCGUUGCUGUUGUGGACACAGGCAUUAAUUACCUCCACCCCGAACUGUCUCUUUCGAUGUGGGUAAACCGCAAAGAGCUUCACGGCGAAGAAGGAGUUGACGACGACGAAAACGGCUUCGUCGACGACCUCUUUGGCUGGAACUUCAUUCAGGACAACAACAACCCCAUGGACGACAACGGCCACGGCUCGCACGUCGCGGGAGUUUUCGACCGCUUGGACGACCCGGCCACGGCGCUCAUUUAG